AUGGUGGGCACGGCGCGCCCGUCACCCUCGGUCCACAGCAGCGCGCGCCAUCUGCUGCACGACAGCUUUGAGCCCGUCAAGACGCCCCUGGACGCCGACCUCGAAGGCGGCGCGCUCCGCGACGGUGGCGCGCCUUCGAUCACAUCGCCCGAGAUCCUCGCGCUCCUCUUCCAGUAUGCGUGCAUUGGCAUCGUGGACGGCGGCAUCUAUGGCAUGACGUACCCGAUCCUCACGGGCUACUUCCAGCUCGAAGGCAACGUCCUCAACUCUGCGACCGCGCUCAUGGGCCUCGGCUGGUCGCUCAAGGUCUUCUUCGGGCUUCUCACCGACUGCGUGCCCAUCUGCGGGUACCACCGCAAGCCGUACAUCCUCCUCGGCUGGCUCUGCACGGCAGUGCUACUGACCAUCGUCGCCUUCAAGCCCGCCGGCGCCCCCGCACCGGACCCCAGUGCGAACGCCAACGGCACGACCCUUGCGCUCCUCUGCGCGGUCGGCUGCUUCUUCUACAUCAUGGCCGACGUCGCGCAGGACGCACUGCUGGUUGCGUACGCCCAACGCGAGCCGGUUGCGACGCGCGGCCGUCUUCAGUCGACGAUUUACGCCGUGCGCACCGUCUGCUCGGCGAGCAUCACGGCCAUCUACGGCUUUUGCCUCAACUCGGAACGCAUGGCCGGGACCUUUGACUGGGACAUUGGUGUCAACGGGUACUUUUGGAUUCUGGCCGCCACGUCGACCCUCAACAUCCCGGUGGUGUAUUUCUUUAUCAAGGACACGAAGGCGGCGACGCGUGUCUCCAUCGCGCAGUACUUGGCGCGGCUCUGGACGCUCGCGCAGAAACGCGUCGUGUGGCAGGUCAUGCUCUUCAUCUUCCUCUUCUCGCUCUGCACGUCGCACAUCAACACGACCGCGGCGCCCUACGUGGCCCUCUACUGGGCCAAGGUCGAGACGCUCAACGCCGCAUUGACAAGCAUUCUGGGUGGCCUUCUCUUUGCCGUCGUGCUCGCGGCCACGGGCAAGUAUGGGACGCAGUGGAACUGGCGCUACGUGCUCGUCACCACGGCGGUCCUCGCCAACGUUGUCGACGCGAUCGUCGUCUUUUGCACGAUCUUUGACGUGCUGCGGAGCCAGUGGUUCUUCCUCGGCGUCCCGCUCACGACGCAGCUGCCAUUGGGUGUCAACUUUGUCGUCGGCACAUUUGUCAUUAUCGAGCUCGCGGAAGAAGGCAGCGAAGGCGUCAUGUACGGUCUCCUCACGACGAUCGCCAACCUCCCGGGCGUCUUUGGUCCGCUCCUCACCAAUGUGCUCAACGCCCACUUUGACGUUGGGAAAGCCCGCAUCGCGAUCGAUGCACCCGAGACGCGGACGCAGGUCGCGUACACGUAUGUGAUUUCGUAUGCGGCGACGGGUCUCGGCUGCCUCUGCGUGCUUCUUUUGCCCGACCAGAAGGCCGCCGUCGCGCACCUCAAGGCGCAUGGCGGCAGCUACCCGCGGGUGGCGAGUGUGAUUUUCUACGGCUUUUUUGUCAUUUUGGCCACGUCGGUGACGGGCACGAUGGCGUCCAUGUUUGAAAGCACUCGCUGCCUUCGCCUUGCCGGCGGCAACGGCUGCGACGACGAGCCCUCGCAAGUGUACCUUCUCGGUAUCAUCGGACCGGCCAGCGUCGCGCUCCUCGCUCUCCUCGCGAUCGCACUGCGGGCCACGCCAGUUUAUUAGAUCUGGGUCGUUUUCAUCUCGUUC